AUGGACCAGAUUCAAGACUCUACUACAGAUGAUGUAGAGUCAAGUAUGCCUACCCAAAGUGGUACAGCCCUACCUCCACUUGCACCCAAUGUAAGUGGCAGACAUAGGUCAAUGGUUUGGGAUCAUUUUACUAGAAUACCAAACGGUGAUCCAAGUAAACCUAGGGCUAAAUGUAAUUAUUGUACUGCUUCGUAUGCAUGUGAUACGAAGACCAACGGUACAAAGUCCAUGAAAUAUCAUAUUGAAAAACAAUGUAAGAAAUGUCCUUUUAAUAGGACGGAUAAGUCUCAAACUACCCUAGCUUGGAAGAGGGAUGGAGGAAGUGGUAGUGGAGAACUUGUGUCUAUAGCAUUCAGUGUUGAUGCUUGUAGACAAAGCUUAGCAGAGAUGAUAAUUCUUGAUGAGCUACCCUUUAGGUUUGUUGAGGGAGAGGGUUUCAAGAAGUUUAUGCUUACUGUUUGCCCUAAGUGA